GGUCGGAAGAGGGGGCGGGGCGGAAGCGGCGGCGGCGCGCGCAAAGCUGCAGCGUCUGGAAAGAAGCGACUUGUGGCAGUCGAGCGUGGCGUAGGCAAAUCGUCGGCGCUGGGCAAAUAUGGACCUCGCGGCGGCAGCGGAGCCGGGCGCCGGCAGCCAGCACCUGGAGGUCCGCGAUGAGGUGGCCGAGAAGUGCCAGAAACUGUUCCUGGACUUCUUGGAGGAGUUUCAGAGCAGCGAUGGAGAAGUUAAAUACUUGCAAUUAGCAGAGGAACUGAUUCGUCCUGAGAGAAACACAUUGGUUGUGAGUUUUGUGGACCUGGAACAAUUUAACCAGCAACUUUCUACCACCAUUCAAGAGGAAUUCUAUAGAGUUUACCCUUACCUGUGUCGGGCCUUGAAAACAUUCGUCAAAGACCGUAAAGAGAUCCCUCUUGCCAAGGAUUUUUAUGUUGCAUUCCAAGACCUGCCUACCAGACACAAGAUUCGAGAGCUCACCUCAUCCAGAAUUGGUUUGCUCACUCGCAUCAGUGGGCAGGUGGUGCGGACUCACCCAGUUCACCCAGAGCUUGUAAGCGGAACUUUUCUGUGCUUGGACUGUCAGACAGUGAUCAGGGAUGUAGAACAGCAGUUCAAAUACACACAGCCAAACAUCUGCCGAAAUCCAGUUUGUGCCAACAGGAGGAGAUUCUUGCUGGAUACAAAUAAAUCAAGAUUUGUUGAUUUUCAAAAGGUUCGUAUUCAAGAGACCCAAGCUGAGCUUCCUCGAGGGAGUAUCCCCCGCAGUUUAGAAGUUAUUUUGAGGGCUGAAGCUGUGGAAUCAGCUCAAGCUGGUGACAAGUGUGACUUUACAGGGACACUGAUUGUUGUGCCUGACGUCUCCAAGCUUAGCACACCAGGAGCACGUGCAGAAACUAAUUCCCGUGUCAGUGGUGUCGAUGGAUAUGAGACAGAAGGCAUUCGAGGACUCCGGGCCCUUGGUGUUAGGGACCUUUCUUACAGGCUGGUCUUUCUUGCCUGCUGUGUUGCGCCAACCAACCCAAGGUUUGGGGGGAAAGAGCUCAGAGAUGAGGAACAGACAGCCGAGAGCAUUAAGAACCAAAUGACUGUGAAAGAAUGGGAGAAAGUGUUUGAGAUGAGUCAAGAUAAAAAUCUAUACCACAAUCUUUGUACCAGCCUGUUCCCUACUAUACAUGGCAAUGAUGAAGUAAAACGGGGUGUCCUGCUGAUGCUCUUUGGUGGCGUUCCAAAGACAACAGGAGAAGGGACCUCUCUUCGAGGGGACAUAAAUGUUUGCAUUGUUGGUGACCCAAGUACAGCUAAGAGCCAAUUUCUCAAGCACGUGGAGGAGUUCAGCCCCAGAGCUGUCUACACCAGUGGCAAAGCGUCCAGUGCUGCUGGCUUAACAGCAGCUGUUGUGAGAGAUGAAGAAUCUCAUGAAUUUGUCAUUGAGGCUGGAGCUUUGAUGUUGGCUGAUAAUGGUGUGUGUUGUAUUGAUGAAUUUGAUAAGAUGGACGUGCGGGAUCAAGUUGCUAUUCAUGAAGCUAUGGAACAGCAGACCAUAUCCAUCACUAAAGCAGGAGUGAAGGCUACUCUGAACGCCCGGACAUCCAUUUUGGCAGCAGCAAACCCAAUCAGUGGACACUAUGACAGAUCAAAAUCAUUGAAACAGAAUAUAAAUUUGUCAGCUCCCAUCAUGUCCCGAUUCGAUCUCUUCUUUAUCCUUGUGGAUGAAUGUAAUGAGGUUACAGAUUAUGCCAUUGCCAGGCGCAUAGUAGAUUUGCAUUCAAGAAUUGAGGAAUCAAUUGAUCGAGUCUAUUCCCUCGAUGAUAUCAGAAGAUACCUUCUCUUUGCAAGACAGUUUAAACCCAAGAUUUCCAAAGAGUCAGAGGACUUCAUUGUGGAACAAUAUAAACAUCUCCGCCAGAGAGAUGGUUCUGGAGUGACCAAGUCUUCGUGGAGGAUUACAGUGCGACAGCUUGAGAGCAUGAUUCGUCUCUCUGAAGCUAUGGCUCGGAUGCACUGCUGUGAUGAGGUCCAACCUAAACAUGUGAAGGAAGCUUUCCGGUUACUGAAUAAAUCAAUCAUCCGUGUGGAAACACCUGAUGUCAAUCUAGAUCAAGAGGAAGAGAUCCAGAUGGAGGUAGAUGAGGGUGCUGGUGGCAUCAAUGGUCAUGCUGACAGUCCUGCUCCUGUGAAUGGGAUCAACGGCUACAGUGAAGACAUAAAUCAAGAGUCUGCUCCCAAAGCCUCCUUAAGGCUGGGCUUCUCUGAGUACUGCCGAAUCUCUAACCUUAUUGUGCUUCACCUCAGAAAGGUGGAAGAAGAAGAGGACGAGUCAGCAUUAAAGAGGAGCGAACUUGUUAACUGGUACUUGAAGGAAAUCGAAUCAGAGAUAGACUCUGAAGAAGAACUUAUAAAUAAAAAAAGAAUCAUAGAGAAAGUUAUUCAUCGACUCACACACUAUGAUCAUGUUCUCAUUGAGCUCACCCAGGCUGGAUUGAAAGGCUCCACAGAGGGAAGUGAGAGCUAUGAAGAAGACCCCUACUUGGUAGUUAACCCUAACUACUUGCUCGAAGAUUGAGAUAGUGAAAGUAACUGAACAGAGCUGAGGAACUGUGGCACACCACCUUGUGGCCUGGAGCCUGGCUGGAACUCUGCUAGGGACAGAAAUGUUUCUGGAAGUGAUGCUUCAAGAUUUGUUUUCAGAAACAAGAAUUGAGUUGAUGGUCCUGUGUGUCACAUUCAUCACAGAUUUUAUACCAACACAGGCUUCAGCACUUUGGUGUGUUUCCUGUCCCAGUGAAGUUGGAACCAAAUAAUGUGUGGUCUCUAUAACCAAUAACCUUUGUUUUCAUGUGUAAGAAAAGGCCCACUACUUUGAAGGUAUGUGCUGUCUUAUUGAGCAAAUAACUUUUUUUCAAUUGCCAGCUACUGCUUUUAUUCUUCAAAAUAAAAUAACUUGUUCUGAAGUUGUCCAUUGGAUUUCCUUCUACUGUACCCUGAUUAUUGCUUCCAUCUACUUGUGAAUGUGAGUCUUUCCCUUUUUGCUUAAUCUGGAGUGAAGGGGUAGGUAGAACUGUGGCAUUAUGGAUUAGGUUUCUAUGAGAAGGAGUCAUUAGAGAAUUCAUAUGAAAGCUAGAGGCCUUGGAGAUGACUUUCCAAGGUUAAUUCCCUUUUUUUUUUUUUAAGUUUAUAAAAAUUAAAAGUUUAUUGUACUUUUUUAAAUUACUCUUUAAUUUCUUUACUUCUGUGUCCUAAGGGUAAUUUCUCAGGAUUGUUUUCAAAUUGAUUUUUUAGAGGAAGUAGGUCAUUUGCUAUAUUAUAAGCUAUCCUCAAAUUUUAUGGUCUUCCAGGAAACGUUAUUACCAUUUAUGAUACUAACAGUUCCUGAGACUUAGCUAUGAUCAGUAUGUUCAUGAGAUGGAGCAGUUCCUGUGUUGCAGCUUUUAACAACAGAUGGCAUAUCUGGGACCUGCAGGGCCAAUUAGGGAAAUGUAGUAGUUCCAUGUUCUAUAUGGUGAGCUUAUAAAUAGUAACUUCACUUUCUGCUGACUUGAAAAGGAUGGGGUGAGAUGAGGGGGCCUGGAAAUGGAUAGAGAAUUUACAUAGCAGAUGCAGGGUAUAAGCUGUCAAGCAUGUUUUUAAUGGGGGUGUGAGGACCCUUGACACUGCAAUGAGGAAGCUCUGGGGCGCAGGAUCUCAGACUUCCUGUUGGGGGAGUGAUAGGGGUACUAGCAUAGUACAAACACCAGGCGGGACAUUGUAGUGAAAAUUUAGGAGACAGCAAGAAAGAGCCCUCUCCCACUUGUAUUAGGAAGAGCAUCUCCCUGCACUGAUUUCAUAAGGAAAAUGGGGUGCAGAGAUCUUGAAACAAUAUGACUGGAACUUGAACUUUAAUUUGACUAUUUACUAAAGGAAAUUUUACGUCCAGGAAAGAUACAUUCAUUUUUGGCAGAUGCGUCCACUCCCAGUCCUGCCCUUAAUGAGAGUGGGGGCUCCAGAACAAGGUGAGAUAAUUACUGCAUAUCCCCUUUUUCCACAUCUGAGUAUGUGUCCUUAUGUUUCCACACAUUCAGUUUCUCCAUGUGGUACUUGUCAGGGAGAUGAGGUGGUUAAUGGAUAAUGGAUCUUAUAUGAGACCUUUGUGAAGAAAAUUAGACAAAUAUUUAAGAUAAGUGGAUAGACAUAGAAUGGAAAGAUUUGAAUGCCAUAAAUUGUCAACUGAUGUAUUAAUACAUUUUUAACCAAAUCCCAACAGACACCCAUCAAUAAGGAAAUUAUUAAAUAAGCUGUGGUACAGCUACACUGUGAGAUACCCACAGACAAAAUUGAGGUAGACCUAGAUGUUUUGAAAUUGAAGUAUCUCUAGGACACAUGGGAAAGAAAAUGUGCAAAUACAGUCAAGAUGAUUCUGGGGAAAAGGAUGAUAAAAGAAGCUUUGCCCUAUCUGAAAGCAAAAAGUACUGCGCAAGUGUAGAAAUUAAGAUCAGUAACGACUGGCAAGUGAACAGAUAAAUCAGUCGCAACAGUAAAAAGUCCAGAAACAUCUAUGCACAUGAUAGGUUUUUCAUUUGAUAAGGUGACAUUUCAAAUAUUAGAGGAAGGGUAGCCUAUUCAGUGUUAGAAAUUAGCCUGCCACACAGCAUACCCAAGUUAAAAUUCAAGAUGCAUUAGAGAUUUAAAGAUAAAAGGUGAGUACGCACAUAUAGUUAGAUAUUUAAUAGCAGAUGCUAUGCUAAUGUUUGAUAGCAUAAUGGGGUGACUAGUUAGCAACAAUGUGUUGUAUAUUUCAAAGUAACUGGAAGAGAGAACUUGAAAUGUUUCCAGCACACAGAAAUGAAAAAUAUUCAAGGUGAUAGGUACCCGAAAUAUUCUGACUUGAUCAUUACACAUUCUGUGCACACAAAAUAACGCAUGUACCCCAUAAAUACGUAAAAUGUGUCAAUUUUAAAAAGGGAAUUUGAAAAACAACUGAAGGAAGUCAAUCACGCUUUCCAUGAACCUCCUCCCUCCCUCUUUUCUGCCACUCCAAAGCUGUGUGGGCCUAUUGUGUGAGAGUCUUAAUCCUGCCAAAUACAAAGAAGCAUAUUUGUUACUGAAAAAAAUGUUCUUCCGUAGGAUUACCAUUUUGUAUCUGUAUUUUGAAAACAAGUUGUUAGAAAUGUUUUCUAAUGUCAUUAGUGUCAGGAACUGGCAUUUUAAGAAUUGUGCCUGUGAUGAAGAUCCAUUAAAUCACAAAGUAUGUUAAAGGUCACAAAAGCAAAAUACUGUCUAAGGCUAAGGCCCACAUGGGACAGUCUAAUACCCAUGAGUACUCAACUUGUCUUGAUGUCUGAGCUUUGCAGUGCAAUGUGAAUUUGAGCAGCCACAAAUCUAUUAGUAGAAAGCAAGACAGAUUAAUAUAGGUUAAAACAAUGGUGUAAACACAUUUCUCCCAAUAAUUAUCUCUUUCCCUGGGAUCAACUUGUAUGAAACCUUGUCAAAAUGUACUGCACAAGUAUGUACAAUUAUUAUGUAUUUUAAAAAUAAAAA